AGAAUGGCGUUUGCAGUGGCCAAGUUGCAGGCAAAGCUGCGGCAGUGGGCAACAAAAUAGGCAAUCGCAUUGAUUAAUCGCACACGCUGACAGUAUUUGAAUAUUGAACUCGUGUUUUGCGCGCGGCAACAACUUCAUUAAAGCAAAAUAAAAUAAAAAAUUAAUUAUUUCAAUAAAAAAGUGCAAACAAAAAAAAAACAAAAUAUCACACAGUCAUUCAAAUUCAAUUAAACCCGUUGCUUAAUUCAGUUAGCAAAAUCGAUUGGCAACGGCCGCACAGCGGCAUUCAAUAAGCCGCGACACAAGCACGCGGCGCGACCAGUCAGACAACGGCAUUUUGCGUGGCCAAAGCAUAAACGUGCAACGCAUUAGUUGUUAUUAUUUGUGUAAUUGGACGUGCUAAUCACAUUUUUGUGGCUCCGAAAUUGAAACGUAACCGUGUGAUUUUAUAACAGCAGCCGCGACACGCUUAAACAACUUGCCACUUAGCAUUGCAACCAACAGUGGCCGCGUCCAGCGUUUCCACGGCGCUUAAACCAUAAUCAAAGACGUUAAAAAUAAUCAUAAAAAUACGCAAAAAGUAAACACUAACGCCGAAAAUAAAUUGAAAAAUUGAAAAGUAAUUCAGCCAGGCUAAUUAAAAUGAGUCGCACGCACAUCUCGUCCGGCAUAAUGAGCCGCAUGCGAGUUUUCGAAAGCACAGAUUCUUCAGCUUCCAUUACCGACAGUCCGAAGAAACGCUCAACAACAGCAACAUCGGCGGCAACGUCUUCACAAGAUUCACCUAUAAUAUUGACAGCACCAUCGUCAUCGUUAGCUUCGUCGACUUCGGAGAAGAUAGUGCUACGGGAACCUGAAUCCAUACCGACCGCUGAGCCAGAUUGGUUCGAAAAUAAACGAAAGGCGAUUAGCAGCGCACUUGCAGCGAACGAACGCACUACAACAACAAUAACAAUGAUGAUGUCGUCGCCACCGCCGGGAGUACAAAAAGAUGCGGACGGACUUAUACUGCCCAGAAAACUGAUAAAUCCCUGUUUGGAAUCAAAUGAACGGCAGCAGCUGCAUCGAGAGCUGAAAUUCAACACUAAAAUGGGCAAAAGUGUGCUAAAUCAGAAAUCCGAACUGCAGCGCGCAUACGAGAAGCAACGCGAACGGCAACAACGCCAACAGCAACAGGAGGAUCUCUCACCCACCGCCGGCCUUAAAGCUGAACUGAAUCGUGUGAUAAUGGAGCGUGCGCAGAAGCACGAACGCCAGGAGGGCGACGAAGACGAGGAGGACAAGCAAUAUGUGAAUCCGGAAUAUUUGAAUGCGCGAGCGAAACUGCGCCAACAACGGGCGAGCGAGCUAAAAUAGAUGGGGGCGAUGGGAGGGAGGGAGUGAAAACCAAAAACAAAAACAAAAAACAUACAAACAACAAUACAGCACCCGCGCAUUCAACAACAACAAACAGAAAAUAAGAGAAAAGAACUUCAACGCCCCCUUCUUUGCUUAACCUAAUAAGUUUGAUUGCUUUACGAAUAAGUUUUCCCAUUUUAUGUUUAUAGAAGUCUACUUUUUGGCGUGUAGUGUAGUAUUUGUGUCGAAGUUGGACUUUAGUCGAAAUGUUGGAGGCAACUUUUGUUAUUUUGCGUACAUUUUGAGUUAACGCACAUCACUUUUUGAAACAACAACACUUUUUAGCUUAAAAUAUUCGUUAAUUCGCUUUAAUAGAAUCUUUAGUGGUAUUUGUUCGAUAUGACCGACCCAUGUACGCAGACAUGUUUAUGUUUGUAUGUAUGUGUGUCACAUAUCAAUAUUUGUAAAUUAGCAUAAUUUUGUUUUUAUUCUUGUCGAGCUUAAAUGUAACAUUUCUAAUCCAUAAAUUUUAAUUGUUAAAGUGAUUGGGGAGCGGACCCUCAAGAAAUAUUUUAGACCUAAAGUACUUUUCUUUUCAAAUUAGAGACGAAUUUCGGGCUUUAAGGCAUAUAUAACCCGUUUAUCACCUGAAUGACGAUUUCACAUUUCUUUUUGUUUUUUUUUCACUAAUUUUCGCUAAAUUACAGCUUCUUUGCCUAAGUAUAUGCAGUCUUAUUCGAAUCUCUUCCCCAGCUUCUUACGUUGCCACUUCACAGACCCUCAAAAUGUGCUAUCAAUCAUCAGUGUAUCUAAUUAUAUGACGUAUGGUGAAAUUCAAAUGAAGAAAUGAUAUUAUUUUUAUACAUGAAAACCCAUUUAACAUAACUGUAUUUGUAAUAUUAAUUAAUAGCAUAUAAUUGUACUGUAUUAUAUUGUAUUUGUAGUGGAACUCUAACGUAUAAACCCUUUAACAAAACGCCACUCUGUAAGAAACCACACAACUCAUGACCCUGUGUUAAACCUUUAACUAAAUAUAAAAAGAAAAACAAAAACAUAAACAAAAAAACAUAAAACAUAAAACAAAUUUAAAUAAGUUAAAUAACGAGCAACUGUUAAAAGAGACUACCUUAACGAUUGUAAUAAUUACUCAUAUUGACUUAACUUACGAGUGUAUAAAGCAAAAAGUGAAAUUAUAACGGUGUAAAACGAUAAAAAAUAACUGUAAAUGUUAAAUGCAAUGGAAAGGUCUGACAAGCGAAACAGGGAGGUAAAAUAUACUAAAUAAAUACAUUAAAAAACAAAAACGUUGAAAAUAGAGUGUAAAGGGAUAUAUAAAAUCGUUCUUUAAAAACAAAACAAAAACAAAUAAAAUCAAUAAUUGUAUGAAACGUAGAUAAUACUUAUAAAAUUAGUUUUAAAUAAAUUCUAUUGUAGUAAAAAGUUAAAA